AUGAUAAAAUUAUCAAGCUUGAUAUUUUUUAUGGUUUCGUAAGUGUUUUGUUUAGAUUAAUGGCAAUGCACAUGCGAAUAGUUAAUGACAGAAUUUGACUGUAUGACAUAGUAAAAGAAUAGAUUUAAGAUGGGAGAGAUUGAUUAAUCUUCAAUUUGUUUCUGGUAUUAAGAAAAAUGUUAAAAUCUAAUGAAUUAUCUAUCUGAUGUUAGUUGUACAAGUUUAAACAACUAGGAAUGUACAUUUGUGAGUGAUACUUUAUUCACAAUUAAUCCAAUAUGUGCAUGGUAUUAUAAAGCUGAUGGAGGAUAAUGCACUAAAUUUACAAGGUGUUAAGAUUAUUAAUAUUAAUCUGAAAUAAUAGCUGAGGUAGAAUGUAAAAAUAUUGGAUGUAAUAGAAUUAAAAAUAAAUGCUCAUUUGAUUAUAGAGGAAGACAAGAAUAGUAAUGUUCAGAAAUUGGAGACUAAAAAACUUGCGAUGUCACUUUUUUAAAGGAUAAACUUACAAUAUGUCAAUGGAAUAAUACUACAAAAAAAUGUGGAGGCUUUAAUUUUGAGCAAUGUGCUGAUUUAAAGAAAUAAGAAGAUUGUAAUUUAGCAAAUACCUUUUGUCGUUGGAAAUAAGAAUAAUGUUUAGAAAGAAAUUGUGCAGAUAAAGAGUUGCAGUAUAAAUCUGGCAGUUAAUUUUGUAUUUCAUAUUACAGCUUGACAAAUAAAAAGUAUAUCUAAUGUGUAGAAAAUGAUAAUGGAGAUUGCAUUGAAAAUGAUCCAGAAUUAUUGCUUGAAUCUUAAUGUAAUUAUUAUAGUCGUCUUACCUAUUAAUGGAAUACAACUACUUCAACUUGUACUCCAUGUAUAUACUUGGCUUAAAGUUUCAUAAUUAAAGUUAGUAUUAUUAUUUUAUUUACCAUUAUUUUGUGA